AUGCGCACGGGUAGUGACAAAUUGUCAAAAAGCUCAAAGCGAGACACAGCAGCGCUUGAAGUUCAGAUGAAAGAUCUAGUGAGCGCGAUCACGUACUCCACAAGAUGUGGAAUCACUGCUUCCCCUUUCUCUCGAGUCGCCAUGCAUCAGUCUUUCCACUCGGUUCUUGCCGCCAUCUUGACGGUCGGCACUCAAUUCGCUACCUCAAGUCCCAUGCAUUGUCCGGACAAUCCAGCUUGUUCGACGGAACCGAGGGCACUUUACUUGAUGAGCAACAAUGCAAACAACUCGAUCUUGGCUGUUAAUGUAGCGGCCAACGGCAUGCUGUCAGGUGGCACUUCCAUUGGCACAGGAGGUUCAGGGGGCAAUUUGAUUAGUACCAUGACUGGGAAACCAUCACAGCCAGAUGCACUAUCUGUUCAGGACUCCGUCGUCGUUGCUGGCCAGUACCUUUUCAAUGUCAAUGCAGGCUCUGGCACUGUCUCAAUGUUCCUCAUCAAUCCAUACGAUCCCACAAACUUGGCUCUUGUUGGUGAACCCAAGUCAUCAAACGGCAACUUCCCAACCAGCCUCGCUGUUUCCCUUGAGCUCAGCACAGUCUGCGUGGCCAACACGGGCAGCCCCGCUGGUGUGGCAUGCGCCACAUUCAAUACCUACCAACUAGGUGAAUUUGAUGAUCUCCGGAUGCUAGAUGUGGGUCAAUCCGAUCCUCCAACAGGGCCAACUCCAGGUGUCGGAGAUAUCCUCUUCGACGCUACUUCAUCAUCUCUCGUGGUGAUGGUCAAAGGUAACGGUACGGAAUUCACUGGCUACGCAGCUGUCUACCCAGUUGACGUUACCGGGACGGUUUCUAGCACAUGUUCAAAGACAACUCCGAAUGGUACGAUGGCGCUUUUCGGCGCAACGCUCAUGCCUUACACGAAAUCCAAAAUCUAUACCUCGGAUGCCGGAUUUGGAGCCGUGGUGCUGGAUCUCAACAACUUGACAAUUCCGCUCUCUAAGACUGUAGUUCCUGGACAAAUAGCUUCCUGUUGGGCCAAGAUAUCGCCAUACGGCACAGGUUUCAUCACCGAUGUCGCUGUCAAUCGUUUGAUAGAGACAGACUUGUACUCUGGUGCCAUCCUAUCACAAUAUUAUCCUCCAAACGAGAAUGUUGGGAUGUCGGACUUCCAGAUUGCUGGAACUUCGAUCUGGACGUUGAGUGCUAACAAUGGGUCGGUGCCAGCGGUUGUGACAGUGUUCGACAUCAGUGGAGGGGCUGGUUCAGCGCAAAUGACUCAAGUGUAUGAAGUCACUGGAGCUGGGCCAAAUUCCAUGGGAUUGGUUAUUUAUUAA